UCUUUGGCGUAUCGCUCGACUCGCUGGAGCAGGGCGGGGCGGUCAUCGUCGAAGACACCCUUUACACCGAAGCUGGCGUUGUCCGCCGCACGGUUGGUCCGCUGGAAUACCUUUACAGCCAAGGCCGAGCCAUCCCUUUCUAUCUGCAACUGACAUUGUUUCCGGUGGGACAAUCGCUUGACCAUGGCUGGCGGGCAUCGUUCUCGUUGGCUGAAGUGAUUUGGCCAGGCAUCGUUGUGGUGCUGCUGCUGGGGCUUACGAUCUGGGCGAUCUUCAAAGCUCCACGACUGAGCUUUCUCGGCGGGUGGUUCUUUUUAAUCUUGGCACCAACGUCCAGUAUCUUGCCGAUCCGUGACAUCGUGUUCGAGCAUCGCAUGUACUUGCCACUGGCAGCCGUUCUGUCGGCGAUUGUCUUAGGCAUAUUCGCACUGCUGAAGUCGUGGGAAGGGGCCGGCAAGCGAGAGUCGAUGCAGAUGACCGCUUCGCAAGGAUUGAUGGUGUAUCGUUCGGACUUCGCGAUGUGGCAGGAUGUCAUCGAUAAGAAUCCACGGCAUGCGCGUGCUUAUCAUGGCAUGGCCCACAGUUUCGUGAUGCGCGACGACUGGGAAAGUGCGAUUCCUUACUUGGAAAAGACGAUCAAGCUGGACCCGGAAUAUGCAUUCAAACCUUACUACGGCAAGCA